AGUGUAAGAUAUUUGAUUUAUUUUGUAUUUAUCUUAUUUAGGACUCCACAGAAACGACGAUGUUUUUUAACGACGGGUCAAAACCUGCAAAUGGCAUAGUAGUGAGCUUCGUAGGAGAAAAUGAAGUCCGUGCGGAUAUUGGAAGUGUGGGUGUGAGAACGGCUGCAGUUGGAGCAAGGGAUGUAAUCACGGAUAUUCUGGCUAACGGGAGUGACGGUGCCACUGAAUUGGUUAAAUUACUCGUAGAACAAAUGAGAUAUCGGCAGAACAAAGGUCCGUCAAAAAUGAAGCAGUUCUGCAAAUUUUGUCGCAAUAACAACGAGGAAGAAAUUUUCCACGAAUUUAAGGAUGUGACCGGGCGCGUAGUAUGCCCUGUGCUGUCUCAGCACGUUUGCGAGCUGUGCGGCGCCAGUGGAAGUGACGCACACACUCGCAAGUACUGCCCCCUCAACCCCCUUACUUUGGGGGAGCCGGAGAAGCGCGGCUUUCCUCCUGGCAUGUUACCACUCGAUGUCCAGAACCACACCCUGCUUCUCAUGCGUGCCCUCGCUGCUAGUCACCACCGAUACUAAUAACGUUAGUGGGAGGUUUAAAGCAUCUUUGAUGUGUUCACGAUUAGUGAGCAUGAUUAGUAUUGGUCGUUCAUUUGAGGUUAACGACUAAAUCAGUAGUGUCUCUGUGGCAAUGGAACCAUAUUUUAUGUGUGGCGGAAGACCUUUUCUGUAAUUCCUUUCAGGUUUCACGGAGAAGGUAGAAAUGUUUUUUUUUUGUUCACAUUUAAAUAUCUCGUGGUGAUUUUUUUCCUGAAGUGGUACGCUUCCUAAAGCGGAAAGGAAAGUGAUGAGGUAAUAAUGUUAGAAGUUUUUAAGCAAUUACUUAAACAUUCUUAUUCUUGAAGGGAAGGAUAUGAUAGGAAGUGUUUCGCAUCGUUUCUGAAUAAUUAAUGUUACUACCUACAUCCGGUAUGUUACAACCGGAAGGGAGAGAUAGGAUAGGAAGGGAUUCUUAUCGUUUCUUAAUGUUACUACACCCGAUAUGUUACCACCGGAAGGGAAAAAUCGGAUAGAAAGGGAUUCGUAUCGUUUUUAAUUAUGUUACUACACCCGAUAUAUGUCGAGAAGAAAUUAAAAAUUGAACCGAA